AACGGAUAAAACUCACUAACUCAGACAGAGUGAGUGAGAAAGUGAGGAGUUCGUGGAGAUGGAGGCAGUGCAAUUUUCUGCCGUUGCUUCCCGCCAUUUUUCAACGACUAACAGAAGCUUCCAUUGCAACCCGAGAAAAUUGGCGGGAAAAUCGACUAAAUUUGUCUCUGCGUGGACCGGUUCCGGCAGCUCCGCUCGCUUGUCGUCGAGAAAUUUGUUCACUCAAGAGAUAUGGAGCAGGAUAAAUUCCAAAAAUGUUUCUUUAAGAAGAGAUUACAAGAGAAGUUUAGUGAGAGCAGAAAUGUUUGGGCAAUUAACGAGCGGCCUCGAAGCAGCUUGGACCAAGCUCAAAGGAGAAGAGGUUUUGACAAAGGAGAAUAUAGUGGAACCAAUGAGAGAUAUUAGGAGAGCUCUUCUGGAAGCAGAUGUAAGCCUUCCUGUUGUCAGAAGGUUUGUCCAAGCUGUGAGUGACCAAGCUGUUGGUGUUGGCCUGAUUCGAGGAGUAAAACCAGAUCAACAACUGGUCAAGAUUGUACAUGAUGAGCUUGUGAGAUUGAUGGGUGGAGAGGUGUCUGAAUUGGUUUUUGCAAAAUCUGGACCCACUGUCAUACUAUUGGCUGGUCUACAAGGAGUUGGAAAGACAACUGUUUCAGCAAAGUUAGCCUAUUAUCUUAAGAAACAGGGAAAAAGUUGCAUGCUUGUGGCUGGAGAUGUGUACAGACCUGCUGCUAUUGAUCAACUAGUUAUCCUGGGCGAACAGGUGGGAGUGGCUGUUUAUACAGCAGGGACUGAGGUUAAGCCUUCAGAAAUAGCCAAGCAAGGUUUAAAUGAGGCCAAAAAGAAAAACGUCGAUGUAGUCAUAGUAGAUACAGCUGGAAGGCUUCAGAUAGAAAAAACAAUGAUGGAUGAGUUAAAAGAUGUAAAGCGGGUAUUAAAUCCCACAGAAGUUUUGCUUGUUGUGGAUGCAAUGACUGGCCAAGAAGCUGCAGCCCUGGUCACGACAUUCAAUAUUGAGAUAGGGAUUACGGGUGCCAUUUUGACAAAGUUAGAUGGAGAUUCUAGGGGUGGUGCAGCUUUGAGUGUUAAAGAGGUAUCAGGAAAGCCAAUCAAGCUUGUAGGACGGGGAGAACGAAUGGAGGAUCUUGAACCUUUCUACCCGGAUCGCAUGGCUGGACGUAUCUUGGGAAUGGGAGAUGUUCUCUCAUUUGUAGAGAAGGCACAAGAAGUUAUGCAACAAGAAGAUGCUGAAGAAUUACAAAAGAAGAUAAUGAGUUCAAAGUUUGACUUCAAUGAUUUUCUAAAGCAAACCCGUACUGUUGCACGCAUGGGUUCCAUGAGUCGAGUUAUAGGGAUGAUCCCUGGAAUGGCAAAGGUUACUCCUGCACAAGUUAGAGAAGCAGAGAAGAGUUUAAAGAUGAUGGAAGCAAUGAUUGGAGCAAUGACUCCAGAGGAGAGGGAGAAUCCAGAAUUGUUGGCUGAAUCUCCCACCAGGAGAAAAAGAAUUGCUCAAGAAUCUGGGAAAACAGAACAGCAGGUAAGCCAACUUGUUGCUCAACUCUUCCAAAUGCGUGUACGCAUGAAGAACUUAAUGGGUGUAAUGGAAGGUGGAUCUAUUCCUGCACUGAGCAAUCUUGAGGACGCUCUUAAAGCUGAACAGAAGGCUCCUCCUGGUACCGCAAGGAGGAAGAGAAGAUCAGAAUCAAGGAGGCAGUUUGCAGACUCAGCAUCAGUGAGGCCAAGCCCUCGUGGCUUUGGUUCUGGGAACUAGAGCAUAAGUCCAUAAGCAUUGCAAAGAAUGGAGUGGGCUUCAGGGAAACUGGUCAUAUGACCUUGAAUUGUUACUUUUCCUCAGAUAUCUAUCUCUACACAUGAAGGUAGAUUCCCAGAACCAUUGAGCACUGAAAAUUCAUUACAUUCUAAACCUGCGA